UGUCAUAAAAAUUAGUGUCGUUACUUCAGUUAUCGCGCAGCGUUCAAUGUUUCAAAGUGUAUGAGUUUUUGCAUUAGAAUUGGUAAAAGAAACAAAUGCAGUGUCUUAAAAUACAAUCGGCAAAUGGAAUAUUGAAUAUUGUUGUAAUCCAAUGAAACCAGAGAAAAUUAAUUACCCGGAAAUAUGCCGGGAAAUCGAGAAGAGAGUACAAAAAGAUGCACCUCGAACUCAUCGUCUGCCCCUUACUAAAAGUUCAUUCGCUGUGAAUAGAGUUGCCAAAGUCUACCGCUCAGAAGUUCAAGAACUCCUUAAAAAGUGCAGCAAACUAGAUCGAAUGUUGAUACAAAGAAUUAAUCCAGAAGCUGAAACUCAGAGUGAUUCGACGCAAUCAAUCGAUGAAAUCAUGUCUGGGUUAAAAUCGUCUCGGACGGAAUCUAAUGACAGUGAAGAAUCUGCUUCCGAAGAAUCGCUGGCGAGGACGAGGAGUCGAGCUAAUACGGAGGAAAGUAAAUCAUCAAAUAAUACAUUUCCACCCAACGUAGAAUAUAGUGAUGAUAAGAUGUAUAAAGAAACACCGACAAUGGAAGCUAGUUUUGAAACAAAUUCUUCGAAUGACAAAAAAAGUUCUAGAGUUGAAAAUUCUAGUAACGAAACCUCUUCGAGAAGAAACACAUCUGGUUUGAGAGGUUAUAAAAAAGAUAAUCGAUCGUAUUUUAAGGUUAUUACAUCAGAUAACAAUUUACAACCAGAAGUGUCAUCAAACUCGGAGUUAGAAAAUUCUAGUAUGGAAGUAGAAUCGGCUUUAGAAAAUUCUCAUUUGGAGGUUUCUAAAGAAAAAAAAAUGACUAGGGACUUCACCAAACUACACAACUCCACUUUCUCACAAAGAUCUUCAACUAAAAUUGAUCUUUCAAACUUGAACGAUGUGACAAUCAAUGAUGAAGAAUUUUCUACUGAAUCAAAUCCCGGUAUCAAUAAUGACGCUGGAUCAAGAUCAACUACAAAAGGCAUAACUGAAACCGCUUCAAAAGUAACUAAGAGAACAAAACGAAAAUCAGGGUCAAGGAAGAGAACAAAAACGUCACUGCGUACAAUCGGCACACAGACUGCAGAAGACCCACAAGCGUGCCAUUUUCCUGUAAGGAAGAUUGAGUCUAAUGCGGAAAAUGAGUCCACCUACCUACCUACCUACGUCACGAGUAUAUUGCGCACAUAGAAAAAUUCAUUGCUUCGAACUAAGGACCAAAGUCUUCGUUAACUCGCCAGCGCGUGCAAGAGACUCAACUACUUUCUUUUCCAUUAGGGCACCUUGUAGUCUUUGACAAGAAUGGAACUCCAUGUAAACUUAUCAUAACGCCAAUAAACCCAAACUACUUCAAAUAGUUAUAAGGACAAUUUUCAUAUUUUAAUUAUUACCAAAUCUCGGUGACUAUGUCAUGUCAACUGACAUCUGUGGUGUCUUUAUUGUCGGCCAUUGUCUAAAUGAUUUUGGCAUUUGGUUAAGAUUAGAAACACCGUGCAAUUUUCUACUUAAAACGGAUACGUUUGACAUUAAAUUGUCUUGGUAUCUUGCUUGCUUCUGCCGUAUUGUAGAAUUUGUAUUAAAUUAAUCUUAUUAAAAUCUGAAAAGAGUUCAAAAUUUUAUAUCCCGUCAGCUACAACAAUUUAAAGCAAAUUUACUAGAUUAAAGACGUCGAUAAUUUGGUUUUUGACUUUAGACAUCACAAAAUUACUAUGCAAUGGUAAAGAAUAAACCAAAACAUAUUGUUUCAUAGCAUAAACCGAAGCCAAUGUUGUCUGAGUAAACUCUAUAAUAUAGAUAUAAGCAGACUACAGUGAUAAUGUGUAUUAUAAUUGAUUGUUAUAAUUGAAUAAAGUAUAUAAAAAU